AUUCCCAGUCAGCUGAGUAGCAAGUUGUUAGCACAUUCAAAUCUUCAUCAGUCUCACUCUUUUGGUAAGAAUGCCACCCAAGACUAGAAACAUUAAUAGAAGAGAAGUUGUUGAUGAGUCUGUUGCCGAACCUCAAGAAUCCCGUCAAAGAGGUCGAGUUCGUGUUCGAGGUCGACGUGGGGGUAAUGUUAGAGGUCGCGGGGCUAAUGCAAGUGGACGUGGUUUGGCUGCAGAAGUAUUCAAUGUUGAGGUGCCUAGAGGGAGGCGAGGAAAUCCAGCCAUGGAAGAAUAUAAUGCUGGUUUACUGGGAUUACAACAGAUUGUACAACAACUUGCUGGGGUUGUGGGACAACAACAACAACAACAGGGUAAUCAAGGGCAGCCAGCUGUUGGUGGUCAGCAAGAAGUUGGACAGGGUGAGCAGCAUGAGACAACUCAAGCAAGAGGGAUUGAGGUUACUUUAGAACAAUUCAUGAAGCUUAAACCCCCUACUUUUUCUGGGUCUGAUGCAAGUGAGGACCCACAACGUUUCAUUGACGGUCUAGAGAGGUUAUGGAGAGCAUUAGGAUGUUCAAAUAUAAGGGCAGUUGAAUUGGCAUCAUUUCAGUUGGAGGGUGUGGCAUAUGAUUGGUUUGAUACGGUGCCACAUGGAAGAGAGGUGGGAUCACCUCCAUUGGCAUGGGAUGAGUUCUGUCGAUUGUUUAUGGCCCGUUUUCUCCCAGAAAGUGUUAGAGAUAGUUUGGCUCAUGAGUUUGAGCGAUUUGAGCAAACUGAGGGAAUGUCAGUUUCUGAGUAUAGUGCUCGUUUUACACAACUUUCUAGACAUGCUCGCUACACUGUCACUGAAGAGACGCGUAUCAAAAAAUUCGUUAGAGGAUUGAGAGAGUACUUGUUUAGAUCUGUGGUUGGGUCUAAAUGUUCCACUUUUGCUGAGGUUUUGAGUUUGGCACUUCAAAUUGAGUAG